AAUCCUCUUUAAAAAAUGACUCCUUUCAUAGUAUUCGUUUUGUUUCUUUUCGAUUUUGGAUAUAGUUUUGUUCACGAAAAUGUGAUUGUGAACGAACAGUGCAAUAGCGGAUUUCAUCCCUCGGAUAAUCUCAUCAUAUCGACGACGAGAUUGCGAAAUUACACAUCCACAGCUACGGCACGAACAAAUUCGAAGCGAGAUGGAGUGCCCAUUGCCCAUAUUGAAGCACCGAUUAUAAAGUUAUGGAAAAGGUUUCAAUUGUAUUUCCUGUCCAACAACAGUUUAUUAAGUACAUCCUGUCAAAACGCAACAAACAAAUUCCAGAAAGGCUUGAAAAGAAACGAAUACUGGGCUUUUAAGAUGCUUGAUGCGACAGCCAAAUUGCCUUCGGGAAUUCUAAGCGGCAACGUUAACCAAUUUGGCGAUUAUGACGGUUGCUUAUCGGUGGUCGAGGCUCAGUAUUGCUUGGCGGAGCUGAACUUGGACUCAGUAUGGAGUGAACACUACGUGCAGUACAAGAAUUUGGCUCACUCGUAUUAUCCCUUCAAAGGUACCUUCGAAGAUCCACAACAUCGCGUCCCUGACUUUACGACAAUCAAAUGGGGAAUUUGCAUUCCAUCGGAGUGUACUGCAAAGGAAUUGGAGGUAUCUCUAAAAACGGAAUUCGGGAUAAAGGCAAAAGUUCGUGAAAACAUGUGCAGGAGAGCAAAUCAAGGUUCUCGGCCGCUAAGUUUCGGAGACUACGUUGCAAGGGCGUUUUUUAUGACAUUACUGCUGGUUGUUAUAGUUUCUACCUUAUUGGCGAACAACCAGGAAAUCUUGAGCAACAAUGAAGGUAAAUUUAUGCGAAUACUUUUCAGUUUUGCUUUACAAAGUAAUUGGAAGAGACUAAAACAUAUUUCCAAUGGUGACGAGACUAUAAAUGUGAAUAAUAACAAUAAUAACUGCACAAAAUAUGCAAAGAAGGAAGAUGGCGAAAUAAAAGCAGUACACGGAAUACGUGCCAUAAGUGCAAUAGCUUUACUAAUGUGCCAUAAAUCGCUGGCUUUAAUGUAUAAUCCAUACAUUAAUAGAACGGCUACAAUUGAGGUUUUUAGUCAACAGUGGACUGUCAUAGGACGAACUGCAAUUGUAUAUACGGACUGCUUUAUGUUGAUAAGCGGUUUGCUGACCACCCAUUCUGUACUAAAGGAUUUACAACUACACGGUUCCUUGAGAUUUUUAGAUAGACUACGUAAUAGGAUUUUCAGAUUACUACCCAAUAUCGUAACAUUAAUAUUGUUUUGUACGUAUAUCUUACCGAGAACGAACUCUGGUCCCCUUUGGCCUAUGGUAGUCGAACAUCACUCAGAAUUAUGCAAGCAGCACAUGUGGAAAAAUUUUCUGUUCAUCCAUAACUAUUUUGGUUUUGAAAAUAUGUGUCUGACGCAUACACAUCAAGUUGGAAUUGAUAUGCAAUUAUUUGUGUUUUCGUACAUACUGGCUCUCUGUUGCUAUAACAGAAAAUGGGGAUUUUUUGUCACCGGUGUGAUAUGGACAUCAUCGGCGAUACUGCGAUAUGUGGCUACCGUGAAGUAUGGUCUAAGUCAUAUGAUCUACUUUGGCAUACCAAUACAGAAGAUGUUUGAUACGGCAAAUAUGUCUUAUAUUUUACCAACGCACAGAGCAACAAUUUACACAACUGGAAUUUUUAUGGCGUAUACUCUUAAAUACAAUUUUAAUCUGAGCAAGGCACAAGUAAUAUUUGGAUGGAGCAUAGCUGUAAUAAGUAUGUUGUUAGCAGUAAUGGGUCCUUUUCAAAUGAUCGACAAGGAAUAUGUGUAUAAUAGUAGACAUGCAGCUUUGUUUGGGGUCGUAUCUCCAAUGUUAUGCGGCGUAUGUCUUUCAUGGGUUAUUUACGCAGCAAAUAAUGGAUACGCAGGUUGGAUUGGAGAUUUUCUGCAUUGGAAAGGUUUUAGAUACUUUACAAAGAUAUCCUACAGUUUUUACCUGAUACAAUUUCCGGUAUUUUUUUAUAACGUUGGAAUUCAAAAGGCAGCAAGUGAAUUUACGUCGCAUGAACUACUUCAUUUCACAGAAACAACUGCCACAAUAUUAAUUUCAAUAGCGCUUACGGUUUGUGUUGAAAUGCCAUUCCAGAACAUAGAAAAGAUAAUUUUCCACUCAAGGAGUAGUAAAGACAAAAAACCGCCAAGUGCUCAUAAAUAAAAAUUCAAUAUAGAUACUUAAGUAUUUAUUAUUUAUAAAUAGGAACAAUUUCAUAAAUUAACAUAAAUAAAUCAUUGAAAAGCUAUAAUUUCGUUAUGUGUUUAGUAUUUAA